AAAUUCGAGCGAAAAUUGAGUCAGGGAAUACUCCGGUUCUUUAAUUAAACUUCUGAGUUAUUCAAUUGGAGCUUGUUUUAGCUGAGUUAUUUGAGUGUAUAUUGAGAGCUUCCACGUUUGUCGAAAAGUUUUUUAAUUCCCCAAAGUUGUUUCCGACAUAUCCCAUAAUGCUUAAAACGUUAACUAUUAGACCAUUGAGUCUAGAUACACUUGCUAAAAGUUCAUUAAGUAUAAGUAGAAACUAUACUAUUGGUCAUUUCACACCUGCACCACCUUUGAAUACCCAAGACUUGAAUCCACGUACAAUCGAAGCCAAAUACGCAGUUAGAGGUAAAAUACCUCAAAGAGCAGAAGAAUUGAAAAAAUUAAUUGAAAGAAAUGAAGAUCAUAAUCUACCAUUUAAUGAGAUUAUUUUUGCAAAUAUCGGGAAUCCACAACAAUUAGAUCAACAACCAUUAACUUGGUAUAGACAAGUGUUAUCAAUUUUGGAAAACCCAUCGAUUAAUACCGAAAACUACCCCCAAGAUGUCGUUGAAAGAGCUAAAGUUAUAUUAAAAGACGUUGGAUCAGUGGGGGCAUAUUCUAAUUCUCAAGGUAGUUUAUUAGUAAGAGGAUCAAUUGCAAAUUAUAUAAAUCGAAGAGAUGGAGGAUCUCAAGCAAAUCGUAAUGAUAUUUAUUUAACUUCCGGUGCAUCAGCUGCAGUACAAUAUUUAUUACAAUUAUUAAGUGUUAAUGAACGUAGUGGAUUUUUAAUUCCAAUUCCUCAAUAUCCUUUAUAUACUGCAUCGAUUGCAUUAAAUAAUGCUAAACCAAUUGGAUAUUUCUUAGAUGAAUCAAAUAAUUGGCUGACUGAUCCAAAACAAUUACGUCAUUUAAUUCAAGAAAAUAAAUCAAAAAAUAUCGAUUUGAAAGCUUUGGUGGUUAUAAAUCCUGGUAAUCCAACCGGUUCGGUUUUGAAAGAAAAUGAUAUUAAAGAAAUCAUUAAUAUAGCUGCAGAAUUUGGGAUUGUAAUCAUUGCUGAUGAAGUUUAUCAAGAUAAUGUUUAUGAUGGAGAAUUCAUCUCUUUCAAAAAAGUAUUAUCAUCAAUGAUUAGACAACAUCCAGAAUUGUACCAACAUGUUCAAUUGGCUUCUUUGCAUUCAACUUCAAAAGGACUUGGUGGUGAAUGUGGUCAAAGAGGUGGGUAUAUGGAAUUAGUUGGUUUUGAACCGGAAGUUAAGUCAAUUAUACUUAAAUUAUGCUCGAUCAAUUUAUGUUCGGUGGUUAGUGGUCAAGCUCUUGUUGAAUUAAUGGUUAAUCCUCCUCACGAUGAUAGUUUACCUUUAUUUAAAGAGCAAACUUCAACCAUCUAUAAUAAUUUAAAAGAAAGAGCAUUAACUUUACACACUGCUUUCAAUAACAUGCAAGAUGUAACUUGUAAUAAACCUCAAGGUGCAAUGUACCUUUUCCCAAAAUUAAAUUUUGAUAAAUUAACUUAUCCAAAAUUAUUUUCAAAAGCCAAAAAUGAAGAUUGUGAAAUUGAUGAAUUAUAUUGUAUAGAAUUAUUAGAAGCUACUGGUAUCUGUACCGUUCCUGGUAGUGGGUUUGGUCAAGUUCCAAAUACUUACCACUUAAGAACAACCUUUUUACCUCCUGGUACUGAUUGGAUUCAUCGUUGGGAGGAAUUCCAUAAAAAAUUCGUUGCUACUUAUAAAAAUUAGCAAUUUUGCAACCCUCUAUUUAUUUAAUAAAAGUUUGUAUAUUAGUUUUAUCUGUAUGACUAAGUUAU